AACUCAAUUUUCACAAAUUCAAUUUUCCUUUCCCGAAUUCUUAAUAAGUGACGCAAAACGGCAUGAAACUGAGAGAGACGCCCACAAUUCUUCUAUUUUAGCCACGAAAUUUCCCGUGGGCGGCUCAGAAAGCUCCACUUUGUCCAGAAAGCCUGAUUUAUUGUCUCGUUUUUCCAAAAUAUACUCUUAGUAAAAGGGAUAUAUUUGACGAAUUUUCCCAAAAGGACAGUGUUUUUUACAUUAAUUUAGAUUUGUUUUCCAAAUUUCUGCAACCAAUAUAAAUAAUUUUGCUGGGUUCCUGACAAUUUAGCGGUAAUGCGGCGAUUCAUAGCAGAGAGAACAAAGCAUCUAAUCAAGAGAAACUUUCUAACUUCUUCUAAUAGUCAUCGAUUUUUGGCAUCUCAAUCAUCUUUCUUCUCUUCUUCACCUUCAACUUCUUCAACAAUUGUUAGCCCUUCUUCAAUGGAAUCUUCUUCUGGUGCAUCAAAUCAAGUUACUCUUCAGAGUAUCAACCCCAAGGUCUUGAGUUGUGAAUAUGCUGUUCGUGGAGCGAUUGUUACCCAGGCGGAGAAGCUGCAAGAACAAUUGAAGCAGGAGCCUGGGUCUCUCCCCUUUGAUGAGAUACUUUUCUGUAACAUUGGAAAUCCUCAAUCUCUUGGGCAGCUGCCGAUCACAUUUUUCCGAGAGGUCCUUGCUCUGUGUGAUCAUCCCAGCAUUAUUGAUAAAAGUGAAACACAAGGACUCUUCAGUGCUGAUUCAAUAGAGAGAGCUUGGCAGAUCCUGGAUCAUAUCCCUGGAAGAGCUACUGGCGCAUAUAGUCACAGUCAGGGUGUUAAGGGACUGCGUGAAACAAUUGCUGCUGGAAUUGAAGCACGUGACGGUUUCCCAGCCAAUGCAAAUGAUAUUUUCUUGACUGAUGGAGCAAGCCCAGGGGUGCAUAUGAUGAUGCAAUUACUGCUGAGGUCAGAGCAAGAUGGAAUUCUCUGCCCCAUUCCUCAAUAUCCUCUGUACUCUGCUUCGAUUGCUCUCCAUGGUGGAACUUUGGUUCCAUACUAUCUUGAUGAAGCAACUGGAUGGGGUUUGGAGAUUUCCAACUUAAAGAGUCAAUUAGAAACUGCCAGGUCAAAAGGUGUAACAGUUCGAGCCUUGGUUGUGAUAAACCCUGGCAACCCAACUGGACAGGUUCUUGCUGAGGAAAACCAGAAGCAAAUUGUUGAUUUCUGCAAGGAAGAAGGUCUUGUGCUUCUGGCAGAUGAGGUUUACCAGGAAAAUGUGUAUGCUCCUGACAAGAAAUUUCACUCGUUUAAGAAGAUUGCACGUUCUAUGGGGCAUGAGGAGAAGGAUAUUGCUUUGGUUUCAUUUCAAUCAGUUUCAAAAGGAUAUUAUGGAGAAUGUGGGAAAAGAGGAGGUUACAUGGAAGUUACAGGUUUUAGUGCCGAUGUAAGGGAACAAAUCUACAAAGUUGCUUCAGUCAAUUUGUGUUCGAAUAUAACCGGUCAGAUCCUUGCCAGCCUUGUCAUGAGCCCACCUAAGGUUGGAGAUGAAUCUUAUGAAGGGUAUUCUGCGGAGAAAGAGGGAAUCCUUUCAUCCUUGGCCAGGCGUGCACAGACACUAGAAGAUGCAUUCAACAGCUUAGAAGGUGUGACGUGCAACAAAGCAGAGGGAGCCAUGUACCUGUUCCCUCGCCUUCAACUUCCCCAGAAGGCGAUACAAGCAGCUGAAGCAGAGCAUGCUGCCGCUGAUGCAUUCUAUGCUCGCCGCCUGCUGGAAGAGACUGGCAUCGUGGUCGUUCCAGGAUCUGGUUUUGGACAGGUUCCGGGCACUUGGCAUAUCAGGUGCACAAUUCUUCCCCAAGAAGAUAAAAUCCCAGCCAUUGUUGAGCGUCUAACAGCGUUUCACAAGAAGUUCAUGGAUGAGUACCGUGAUUGAGAACAUCCAACGAACCUCUCCUGUUAGACAUUCUUGCCCAAAAGUUUGGUGAUCUUGAAGACGGAUGUAGUUUUCUGUAUCAUUAUUUUGGAACUAUAGUAUUCGGCUUUACUCCCUCAUACAUAAAAUUAUCUGCAUUUGUGCAGAAAACAUUGUUUUCUAGGUUUCAUUAGCUACAUUUAGCAUCAUGGUUACUGGUUAGCUAUCAGGGAAAGAAGCAUAGUUGUUGAAUACACUUUGUUGGUUAAUUUAAUGCUAGAAAAGGGUAUUUAUGGGCUA